CGUGAGCCACAAAAGGCUCAGGUGUAACACACAAUCCUAAACUUAACGGGUGUUGGGUUUCCACCUGGCAGGGCCUGGCUGUCCUCUUUCAGCGACUGGUACCAAAUUACGCUCAUCACUAAUUUAUCUGCUUUCUUCAGUCAAGAGUUUUGGGCGGUUAGUUGGGUGUUCAAUCAGCUAAGCAAGAGGGAAGGACAGUAUUUCAUUUUUCUAUCCGAGCAGAUCAAACAGCAGGGCUCUCAGAGGAGGACCAAACCUGAGCUGGGACUGAUGCAGAACGAUGAGGUUAUGAGCCCACAGGACUCCAAGGCAGCAGGGGUUGAGUCCCGGAACCAGAGUCAGGGGUGUGCAGAGCCUACAGCGCCUCCGCUUCCUCCCCCUUCACCGCCACCAGCAGGGCCACCGGAAUACCCGAGGCCUAGGCUCAUUUUCCACACCCAGCUGGCUCAUGGGAGCUCAACAGGCCGCAUCCAUGGAUUCACCAACGUCAAGGAGCUGUAUGCCAAGAUUGCAGAAGUGUUCAACAUCUCCCCGUCAGAGAUCCUGUUUUGCACCCUGAAUUCUCAUAAAGUGGACAUGCAGAAGCUGCUGGGGGGACAGAUCGGACUGGAGGACUUCAUCUUUGCUCAUAUCAGAGGAGAGACAAAAGAAGUGGAGGUGACAAAGACAGAAGACGCUUUAGGUCUCACCAUCACAGACAAUGGAGCUGGAUACGCUUUCAUUAAGAGAAUAAAAGAAGGCAGCACCAUAGACCGGCUGAAGACUGUGUGCGUUGGUGACCACAUUGAGGCCAUUAACGACCAGAGCAUUGUUGGAUGUCGACACUAUGAGGUGGCAAAGAUGCUGAAAGAGCAGCAGAGGGGGAUCCCAUUCACUCUACGCCUUGUGGAGCCCAAAAAGGCCUUUGACAUGAUUGGAAUGAGGACAAGGGUGCCAAAGUCCAACGAGGGAAAGUUGGUGAACGGAAGAGAGACUCUUCGACUUCGCGCUAAGGGUGCUGCCACAGUACAGGAAGUGAACGAGUUUGAGGAACAGGCCACCAGGAAGGUGGACGACUUGUUGGAGAGCUACAUGGGCAUCAGAGAUCUGGAACUGGCAACCACCAUUGUGGAAGCAGGCAAAGACAAGAAGAACCCCGAUGAGUUUGCGCAAGCUCUGGAUUCAGCUCUUGGAGAUUUUGGUUUCCCCGAUGUGUUUUUGUUUGAUGUAUUUAGAGCCGUAAGAGAUGUUAAAAAUGAUAAAAUGUAGACAUUUCACAGCAGAGGGGAGCAGCUCUGUUCUCUGUUCAUUUGUAAAAAUGCAACAUGUAUUAUUGUUUUAAUGUCACCUUGCCAGUCCUUGUUUUGACUUUCAGUCAUGUUUUAUUAUAAUCAAAACAAUCACCACCUCUUUCCUUUGGAGUUUUCUAUGAAUUCAAACCCCAAAAGCAGUGUAGGUUUAAAUCCUUUUGUAUUACGGCCUGUCCUGAACUCCUUUGUGAAGAUGCAUGACAAAGUGUUGUUUACAACAUUUACUGGAUCAUCUAAACAUGAACAUUUUACAUGUUUGAAUAAAGAUAAACUCAAAAAAUGUUUGUGGGUUUUCUCCUUUUGCACAUGCACCAGACUGUAAAUCAGGCAGUGGACAUCUGUGAACCACCUGGGAAUGCAACCAAUACACCGCCGCAGAUGGAAAGCCAG